GGGACUUCCGUGCGGUAGUUGCGCUGAGGCGGAGAUUGAGGUAGGCCCGUCGUGAGGGCGCGGAGGGAGGCCUGACCUGUGGAGGGGAUUCAGCCGCCGCCAUGCCCGGGAUAGACAAGCUGCCCAUCGAGGAGACGCUGGAGGACAGCCCUCAGACACGGUCUUUGCUGGGUGUAUUUGAAGAAGAUGCUGCUGCAAUUUCAAGAUAUGUUAGCCAAUUGUAUCAAGCAAUGCACCGAAUCUAUGAUGCUCAGAAUGAAUUGAGUGCAGCUACCCAUUUGACUUCAAAGCUUUUGAAAGAAUAUGAAAAGCAGCGUUUCCCUUUGUGGGGAGAUGAUGAAGUUAUGAAUUCUACUCUGCAACAAUUUGCAAAAGUGAUAGAUGAGCUCAGUUCUUGUCAUGCAGUGCUGUCAACUCAACUAGCUGAUGCUAUGAUGUUUCCAGUAACCCAGUUCAAGGAAAGAGAUCUAAAAGAGAUAUUGACUUUAAAAGAAGUUUUCCAGAUUUCAAGCAAUGACCAUGAUGCUGCCAUCAACAGAUACAGUCGACUGUCAAAAAAGAGAGAAAAUGAGAAGGUCAAAUAUGAAGUUAUGGAAGAUGUCUAUACGUCCCGAAAGAAACAACAUCAGACUAUGAUGCAUUAUUUCUGUGCUCUAAAUACUCUGCAGUAUAAGAAGAAAAUUGCCAUGUUAGAACCCUUAUUAGGCUACAUGCAAGCUCAGAUAAGCUUCUUUAAAAUGGGCUCAGAAAAUCUUUCAGAACAGCUGGAAGAAUUUUUAACAAAUAUUGGAACAAGUGUGCAAGAGGUUCGCAAGGAAAUGGAUCGUGAAGUAGAGAUAAUGCAACAAACUAUAGAAGAUUUGGAAAUAGCCAGUGACCCACUCUACUUGCCUGAGCCUGAUACUACAAAGUUUCCUUCACAAAGGAAUCUUACUCGAAAAGCUGGUUAUCUUAAUGCAAGAAGUAAAACAGGGCUGGUGUCUUCCAGUUGGGACCGGCAGUUUUACUUCACUCAGGGCGGAAACCUGAUGAGCCAGGCAAGAGGCGAUGUGGCUGGAGGGCUUGUUAUGGACAUAGACAACUGUUCAGUCAUGGCUGUGGACUGCGAGGAUCGGAGAUACUGCUUUCAAAUAACAUCUUUUGAUGGGAAAAAAUCUUCAAUUUUGCAAGCGGAGAGCAAAAAGGACUAUGAAGAGUGGAUAUGUACAAUUAACAACAUCUCCAAACAGAUAUAUCUAAGUGAAAACCCAGAGGAAAUGGCUGCACGUGUGAAUCAGUCAGCUUUGGAGUCUGUCACUCCCUCACCUUCCUUCCAGCAGAGGCAUGAAAGCAUGAGGCCCACACCGCAGACCCGUCCUCCCACAACGCGUACUAGCAGUAUUGGAUCUAUAGGAUCAGAUUCAGCAUCUUUAUCAGCACUUUCCUUGGACUCUCUUGUUGCACCUGACACUCCAAUACAAUUUGACAUCAUUUCUCCAGUAAGCGAGGAUCAACCUGGUCAAGCGAAAACAUCAGGGCAAGGGGGCAGACGUACAAAUCCUUUUGGAGAAUCUGGAGGAACCAAAUCCGAAACAGAAGAUUCCAUCCUUCAUCAGUUAUUUAUUGUACGAUUCCUUGGAUCCAUGGAGGUGAAGUCGGAUGAAAGUUCUGACGUUGUUUAUGAAACAAUGCGCCAAAUACUCGCAGCUCGAGCGAUCCAUAACAUUUUCAGAAUGACAGAGUCGCACUUGUUAGUUACGUGUGACUGCUUAAAGUUAAUUGAUCCACAGACCCAAGUUACAAGAUUAAGGUUCCCUUUGCCAAAUGUAGUUCUGUAUGCCACGCACCAGGAGAACAAGCGCCUUUUUGGGUUUGUGCUUCGGACAUCAACAGGGAGAGCAGAUGGCAGAUCAACAUCUGUCUGCUACAUAUUUGAAUCAAAUAAUGAAGGAGAAAAGAUCUGUGACUCUGUAGGGAUAGCGAAACAGAUUGCGUUUCAUACUGAACUGGAUCGCAGAACAUCAGAAAAGCAGAAAGAAAUAGACAAAGUAAAAGAAAAACAGCAAAAGGAGCUUAGUAAACAAAAACAAAUUGAAAAGGAUUUAGAAGAGCAAAGCCGACUAAUAGCUGCUUCCAGUAGAUCAAGCCAAAGUGUUGGUGAAGGACAGUUUGUAGUCCUUAGUAGCAGCCAAUCAGAAGACAGUGAUUUAGGAGAAGAUGGGAAGAAGAAGAAAGAAUCCGAAGCAUGAAGAAACUUCAGUGCAAGUGUUUGGACUGGUUGCACAAGAUCAGCUGCAAGUUACAGAAGAAGAAGCAAAGGUGGAGGGUUUGUUUUAUUAAAUAAGAUUUCAUAUUUUGCCCUGUUAAGCUUUGAUUUUACUCGAAACUGUCUGCUUAAUGUAAAUGUGGACUCUCUUCCCAAUCUUAAAAAAGUGUGAUAAUCGCUAUAGUAGAAUUGGAUUUUGAAGGUCUUUUAUUUUUCUGUGCAGAUGACUUCAUGAGGAAGAGAUUGCCAUAGAUUAAGCACAAAGAUUUCAUGCUCUUUACGUCCACUUUCUGUUUGCAGCUUCAGAGGAUUAACUGUGCUUCAUUUGUUUUGACAAACAAGGUGUUUGUUGCACAUUUCAAUUAUGAACAAAUUCAAUUUGAUCCAGAUGCACUCCAGUCCAUGAAAUGUAUGCCAUAAGAAAUGUUAUUUCAAGAUGUUAUUUUAAUUCCUGAAGAUAGCAAGGUGUCAAUUUUACGUAAAUACAUCUUGGAAUAAAUUGGAGGGGGGGGGGGAGUUGUAAGGUGUGAUGUUUAGAUUAUAAAUGUGAGAUCAAUAUUUUUAUGUGAGAUUGCAUUGGCCGGCACUGGUCUUAGUGUCCUCGCAACUGUAUUUCAGAGCAAUUGUGUAACGGUAGCAAAGACACGUUGGGAGGAGGGGGAGAUAACAGCGCUGGGAAGGAUGCAAUGAGGAUUCUGCUUCCGCAGGUAGAAUUGGGAAGGGACAGUGUGGUCUUCUUCCUGCAGUCCUUUUGUGCACCCCAAAACCUCUGAAGGGCUAGGAGUUCAUCUAUUAGAUUUUGGUGCUGCAGAGGAAUGUGAGAAAGAAGGGGAAAAAGGCUUGAUGGCAGAGGUCACACAGGGUUGGAGCAGUAAAUUUAUGCAGUUAAAUUCUUGCCUGUCUGAAUGAGAACGGGGCAUUUGCCCUGCUCUUUGAAGUCCCUUCUCAUCAGUAGAGUUUGGAAUACGUUGAUGAAAGUACUAUAUGUACGUGAAGACGUUGCCAUAAUUAGCUUUAUUUCAAUAAACUCUUGCAGAAUACCUUACAUGGUUGAAUCUUUGAAACAAUUUAAAGAGCCUUAUCUGGAUUUCUUUUAAUUAUUUUAAUUAAUUACCCCAACAUAAUUUUAAUUAUUUGAAGCUUGUAGUGGUCUUUUCCUCCAAAGAAAUAGGACAGUUAAUAUGAAACAAUGGGUUGGAUUCAUGAUCCUUCCGUAGUUUAAAGGUGCCACAGGAAUCGCCGCUAAACAUUUUUAAAAGAAUUGCCAUCACUAUUUUACCCAUGUGUUAGGCUCCCCUGUUCUGGUGUGUCACAUUUUCCAAGGGCUGCAGGAUUUACUGCAGAGGGAAAGAGAUAGGGAAGUUGUUUUAAAUGUGCCUGUCAUAGGAUCUAACCUUUUGUGUCUGAUUUUAUAUAGAAGCCCUUAUUUUAUGGAGAAUGUGAGUAAAAAUCCAAUAAAAGCAUUUCAUCUUACUGACCCAUUUAAUCAAAAUCCCAGAUGAUCAGAAGAGACAGAUGGUGCACAAAUAAAUUUAGGAAAGGUUUCAUCUGCUCACUGGUGACCUAAGGAAUCUCCUCCUACCUCCCUGAAGAUUUAGCUCAAUAUGGCAUAUGAAAUUAGGAAUUGAACCUACUGUGAAGGUUGCUUCUGGGCCAGCCAGAAUGGUAACCAACCCAUUACAGCUGGGCUCCAUCCUGCAUGCCAACCCGACGAGGCAGGACCAUGUUCUGUUUUUGAUGUAACCAUUAGCCCCUUUCCCUUUCUCCGUAAGUUUGUACAUAGCUCUGCCUAAAUUAGUCGCAACACACCCUGAUUUAUGCAAAUUAAAGUAUUUCCAAAUGCUUUCAAAUAUUAUUUUUUUCAUGAUAAGAAGGAGGAACAAUUCCUCAUUCUCAGGAUGGCUCCAGAGAUAUAACACUAUGUACAUAAUUUUUGUUCCUGGGUUAUAAAUGUCAUUUCCUAAUUGGUUCUGUCAUAAGAAACAUGGAAAACGUUUAUUCAAUUGCAAAUACUUUGUUUUUGCGGUCUGCACAAAAGUUUAAAAUAGCAUAUUUUCAUUAAGGAAAAUUACAAAUGAAAAUUGCCACACCGGGUUUAGUGCCACUGGAUUGCCAGGACUCCUUCCUUUGUCUCCAGUGGCUGCCCGGGGGAGGGGGUUGAAAGUAUCCCGGGACUGCUUCAACUUUCGCCAUGUUGGAUCAUCCCCGGGAUUGGUGGUCAGUGUAGAACUGCCCCCUUCCUUGAUUUCUUUAGAUUCAAUACUUACUGUUUCACCUUUAUAUGGUAUUCCCUUUCUUCACUCCUAUUUCCUCCAUUUCUCUCUCAUUGGAGGAUAUAAAUAUUUUUCUCAAAUCCUCCCUUUUUGUCCACCUCUGAGAAUUGCUAGGUUGUGGUUGCCUGGACAGCUCCAUUUCUUAACCACCACCACCCUUGUUCAGGUAGUUAUGACAGAGCCCCAUCUUUUUUUUCUGUCAAUACUUUCAUUUUUUUCUCCAUUUUAAUAUUACUAUCUUUGAAUUUCAUCAGGUUGCAUUGGCAGGAUUAUAAAAACCAGUAGAAAGGGAAAGGGGCUUGUGGUUACAAGAAAAAUAAAAUGAUGUCCUUUCUUGUUGGAUUGGCAUGUGGGAUGGAAACCCAGCUGUAGUGGAUUACCCCAGAAUGGCAUUCAUAGGAGAUAUCAAUUGUUUAAUAAGAAAUACUGUAACUAAUCAUGUCUUUAUAUUUGAGGCAGCUGAUGUUAAUGGGCAAAAGGUGUCAUUAACUAUUGUACUGCUUUUUUUAACUGCUCACAGUCCUAUAUAACACAAGAAUCUGAGAUUUGUCUUGAAAUGAAUGCUGAAUUUAUGUCAAAAAAUGAUGAUCAUUAAUUUGCAGCUAACUUCCAGCAGUUGUCACCUGCAGUGUAUGUGUGCGUAUUUAUAUAUAUGUAAAGAUAUGUAUGUUACUUCACUGUAUUAUAAUAUGCGUAAUAUCAAAUUUCCUCACUAAUAAAACUGGUCAUUUUUAUCUUUUA